AUGGCCGACGAAGAAACCUGCUGCGGCUGCGUCUCGCUUGACGAGAACGACUAUGACAUGGGCCUCCACAUUGGCGCCAUCUUCAUCAUCUUCGUCGUGUCCGCGGCCGGCACCAUGAUCCCCAUCAUCUCGCAGAAGAUCCCGCAGUGCAAGGCCAACUCGGUCAUCAUGGAGGCCAUCAGCGCGUUCGCGUACGGUGUGGUUAUCGCCACGGGUCUGAUCCACAUGGUCAACGAGGGCGUCGAAAAGCUCAAGAGCGAGUGUCUCGGCUCGAUUGUGGAGAACUACGAGAGUCUGGGUCUGGCGUUCGUGCUGAUCACGUUGGUGCUGAUGCACUUCAUCGAGUGCGAGAGCUCGGUGUUCUUCGGCGCGCAGGGAUCGAUGCUCCACGGGCACGGCCAUGCCCACGGAGAGGUGGUUAUCCAUGAGGCAGUUCUCACUCCCGAAGGUGCUGUGACCCCCCGCCCCGCCGAGCACCCGUACCACGAUAAGUCCCUGACCCAGGCCGCGCACGACUCCAAGAUCCGCCGCAAGAUCGCCACGCUCAUCUUCGAGGCCGGUGUCAUCUUCCACUCGGUCAUCAUCGGCCUCGACCUGGGAGUGACCACUGGCUCCGAGUUCAAGACGCUGCUGGCCGCGCUGUGCUUCCACCAGUUCUUCGAGGGUAUCGCCAUCGGCACGUCGGCUCUGAGCUCCCUGGAGAGCAAGGGGAAGCUGUUUAUGGUGAACUUUGCGUUCGCCGUGACGACCCCGGUGGGCCAGGUGAUCGGCAUCGCCAUCCGCAGCACGUACUCGGACUCGUCGACGACGGCGCUGUGGGUGCAGGGCAUCCUCGACUGCGUGGCGGGCGGCAUUCUGCUGUACACGGGUCUGGUGGAGCUGCUGACGUACAACAUGACCACGAACGGCCAGUUCCUGUCGCGUCCGACGUGGCAGCGGUUCACGCUGUACGUUUGUCUGUGGCUCGGUGCCGGUCUGAUGGCGCUCAUCGGCAAGUGGGCGUAG